AUGUUUGCCCAAGCGCAGCCUACAACCCAAAUGCGCUAUCCCAGCCAUGACCUCUCCGAAUUCCCAGGUGCUCUCAAAGGGAAGCGCAUUCUUCUCUGCACCGAGUCCUUUGGUCCUGUCAAUGGUGUCAGUCGCACGACUUUGAUGCUUGUUAACCAUCUUCGAGCACACGGUGCUCAGGUUGCCGUGGUCGCGCCACACAAUCAUACAGAGCACAAUACUUUCACUCCACCUCCAUCGCCUACACUAUCUCCUGCGGAUAAGCAGCCUGAGGUCAGAGUAACCGGAUACCCUCUCCCAUUUAACCCAGAACUCUCUAUCGUCUACCCGGUGCGCAACUCAACGUUAUACUCCAAAACCUUCGGCGACGACUCUCCUCCCGAUCUGAUCUACCUGGCGUCUCCUGCAAGCCUGGGCUUCCAGGUGAUGCUUCAACUUCGACAGCAGCCCAAAGAGAACCAAAUACCCGUCAUCUGCAACUUUCAGACCGAUCUUGCUGGAUAUUGCUCCAUCUUAUUCCCGGCACCUCUAAGCCAUGUUGCCGUGUUCGCUUUCGCAGCUGUCCAGAGCUACCUCUUCAGUCACUCCUCAAUCAAGACUAUCUUCUAUCCUUCGAGUUUUGUGAAACGAUACUUGGUGGGCCAAAAGGUGCCAGAGGAUAAGUUGGAGGUUCUGACACGGGGUGUCAACACUGAGCUGUUCAACCCCAGGAUGAGAAACGAGGAAUUACGGAAGGAAUUGGCACCCAACGGCGAGAUCAUAUUCGUGACGGUUUCUCGUAUUGCUGGUGAGAAAGGCUUCGACUUCCUCGCCAAAGCGGCAAAGGAGCUCGACGCUCGAGGACUCAACUUCAAGUUGUACAUCGUGGGUGGCAACCGUAACCUGGAUGUAGAAAAGGAAGUUCAAGAGCUCUUCGAUCCUUUGAGGGAGAAAGGCAAGGUUAUCUUUGCGGGUUUCAAAGUCGGAGAAGACCUUGCUACAGCUUAUGCCAGUGGUGAUGUAUUUCUGCAUUGUUCUGUGACGGAGACAUUCGGCCUCGUGGUUCUGGAGUCCAUGGCUAGCGGCGUUCCAGUCAUCGCUCGCGACGAGGGUGGCCCAUCUGAUAUUGUACAGCAAGGGGACAACGGUUUUCUUAUCCCGCCAAACGACCUUGACGAGUUUGUGGCCAAGGCUAUGAAACUUGGCCAUGAUCACAAUCUCCGUGCCCAGAUGGGCCAUGCAGCAAGGUCCUACGCCUGCGAGGCAACAUGGGAGAAGAUCAACAACAAGGUAGCCUGGCGUAUGGCGGACACUAUCGCGGACUCUAGGCGCGAGAGAGGACAAAUCACGAGUCGUCCGAUGUCAAGCAUAAGACCAUCCGCAGAGCCACUCAUCCCAAUCUACGGAUGGUUGAUGAUGAACGAUGCUUUACGCGAGACAGUCACACGUGGUAUCGUGGAUGCACGACUUAUGGGUGGACUAGGUGUCAUUCUCUCCUUCUGGAUGGUGACAGGAUGGUACAUGAUGUUUACGGAGUGUUUCCUCUGGGCCAAGGGGCGCUGGAGGCAGGCAGAGAGGAGGCUUUCAGUCUCGUAA